AAAAGAAAAAGUAAUCAAAUUCUCUAUUUCCUCUUUUUACCCUUCUUCUUUCUGGAGGUAUUUCGAGCUUUCCUGGUUCUUUAUAAUUAUCUGUGAUAAGAUUAAGGCCAUUCUUCAUCGCCCUCGAAUCCAUCUAGGAGUUCAUACCUUCGGAUCUUGCUAUCCCAAUCAUCCCUGUGAUACGCGGAACCUUGGUUUCGGGUUGAUUUAAUCUCAAAUACCUGCUAGCUCGAGUCUCUGCACAUUAGAAUUGAGGUCCUGCCAUCUCGUUAUAUGGAAGAGCAGUUCAUACUCAGAGUCCCACCAUCUAUUGCAGAGCGAUUAGACCGCCUUCUUAGUGAAAGUGAAAAUGCGUCAUCUUCUGAAGACAAAUCAUUGGAUUUGACUUUCUCUGAGGAUGGGAGGAGCGGGACAUUUGUCAUUGCCAAUGACCAUUUCCCUGCAUCUCUCUUGGAUCUUCCUUCUGUUGUGGAAUCAUAUAAAACAUAUGAUGACAGUGUGUUGAUCAAAACUGCAGACAUUGGUCAGAUGAUUAUGGUUAGAGAAGCAGGUGAUCCUGCUCCAGACAUGGUGGAGUACAGACAUGGUCUCACCCCUCCUAUGAGGGAUGCUCGAAAGCGGAGAUUUCGCAGGGAGCCAGAUCUAAAUCCUGAGCUUGUACAGCGUGUCUUGAAAGAUCUAGUGAAGAUCAGUGCCGGUUCAACAGCUGAGAAUGUUGAUGCUGAAACAGCAGAACAAGAGGAAGAUGGAGACGGAAAUGCUCGUGAUGUGAGUAAAAAACCUGCACCUGCUCCUGCACCCGUUGCAAAGGCCAAUGCCCCGGAGGCUGGAACAAAUGCUGGGGAGCGUGACAGAAGCGACUCAGAUGAAUCUGAUGACUCAAUCUGACUUGAAGCCUCUUCUAGAAUUGGAAAGGUGUAUAGGAUUGACAAGAGCUGUAACCUGUUGUUCCUGCUUAGUUUGGAGUAUUUUCUUGA